AUGACUGCAGACCUCAAAGACAACUUGAACUUCGCAACUGCCUGCCGGGUGGCAUUUGCUGGAUUCCUCCGCAUCGGAGAAUUCACCUACAAGAGAGAAGACCUCGGCACAUCCUCUAUCUUCUCAUCAACAAAGCUAACGCGUUCAGACAUCAGGUUCUCCUCCUCAUUAGACCAUGCGCAACUCACACUCAAGCGGAGUAAGACGGAUCGCCGCCAUGAAGGAGUACAGAUCAUUCUUGCCAAAACAGGAGAUGGGGCAUGCCCGGUCGACGCCCUUCAGAAGCUGCUCCUUCUCGACCCCAGAGGACCUAACGCCCCAUUGUUCUCCUUCCACAGAAGACCAUUUAGUCGCAGCAACUUCCUCUCUACCUUAUCGGCUAAGCUGAGAGCACUCGGAUUACGGACGGACGGCUACUCAGGCCACAGUUUUCGGAAGGGUGCAGCGCAGCAUGCGCAUGACAGUGGAAUCCUUGACGACCAGAUUCAGGCUCUUGGGAGAUGGACCUCGGAGGCAUUCAGGGUGUAUUUCACAACGAACGCGUCGGUCUUAUACAAGCUCAACCACCAAUUUCAGACAGGCUCGCCAGCUCCGCUAUCUCUGCCGGUUCCACCACCGUCCCCUCCACCAUCCUAG